CGUUGCCUCAGUCGCUGCUACAGGGAGGUCGAGACCACUCACGCACUCUCCCCUCUCUCGACUCACGCGUACCACGUCGCUAUUCCAAACUCCUCCAGUUUUUACUCCUCUUCUUCAACUGAGCCUCUGAAUCGCCCGUUUUGUUCAUUCGUCCGCGAUUGGUUAUACCACUCCCUCUCGCCCCCCUCCUCCGCCUUGGUUCCGUUUCGAUGGUCAUCACCUACUCUUACUGUACCUCCCCUGAAACGAGGCAAAAAAGAAGCGAAGAAGAAGAAACUACAGACAUAUAUCAGAUCGUCAGAUUUUCCUCUCUUUUUCAAACCCUCCUCUUCCCAUCAUCUCCUCUCAAUUCCUUUCCAGACCGCUAAGACAAAAACAAAAAUCAAAGAAAAGUUCUUUCCAGCCUCCUCCACGUCAUUUCCCCGACCCCAAGGAAGAACACACAAAGAAUUAAUGCUUUUUUCGCGCAACGGGGUGAAGGCCCUUGGGCUUGGAAAUUAGGCCUCUUAAAGUAAAUAAUUAUUACGUCUGGUCUGGGGUCCUCUGUGUGUGUACGUGUGUGGUUGUCCAAACAGAGGAUUGUAUAGAGAAAGAGGAGAGAAAGAGAGAGACAGAGAGCGAGAGAGAGAGAGACAGGGAGGCCUUAGAAGCAGCAGCAGCGAUUUAUCUGUUAACGGUCAGAGUUUUAACACCAAGCUACGAACCUCCUCCUCCUCCUCCUCCUACUUCUCUUUUACUACAAGCCCCUCUUUACUCGCCUCACCAGGGCUGAUUACUGAGUAACGGAAGUCCUUCUGACUUUCCCUUGUUAGCAUCGUCACUCAUUCUCCUGAUCAGCACAAAAAAAUAAUAUAGAUAUACAUAACAAGAUUCGUUCCAUAAUUUUCCCGUAUUUACCAAUAGCGUCCAGUGCUCGAAGCCAGCCAGGUGCCGAUUUGUGUAUUGUGUAACUCUGUUUUGGUGUUGGUGAUCUCUCCUUCGUUAUAUAAAUAGCGUUCAUUUAUUCGUUUGUGGAAGCAGAAACAGCAGCGCAAAAGUUGUUUGUUAGUUGCGGUGUUUGUUUUGUGAGAAUCAGCUGUCCUUUCAAGAAGUCUCAGUUCAAACACGAGUUUGAUGUUAACUGUUUGUGAACGGUUGUUGAUUAUUAACGUGACACUUGUUUAGUAUUAGCUACAGCAACCAUAACGUUGUUGAUGUGACACUGGUUGAUGUGACACUGUUUGAUGUGACACUGUUUGCCCAACCUACGCUUUAUGACACAGAUGGGAGCCAAUCAGGAUCAAGAGAGUGAUGAUCUCUGUAUGUAGCUGUGGAAUGUGGUGCUUAGGUGGUGACGUGUCCAGUGUUGCAUCUGUGUUGCCCACCUGCCCUCUCUGUCUGCAGCUGCCUUCCCUAACACCUGCCCUCAUCCCCAUCUCCAGUUCUCUCCUGGUGUCUCCUGCCACUACAGCUGCCUCCUCCUGCCUACUUGACAUUUGUGCUGCAGCUCUAGCCCUGUGUUUUCUCAUUAUCGGUGUUGCAUCUGUUUUUCUCUUUCUACUUUUCCCCAUUUUCUAUUGUUGUGGAUCUUUGUCUCUUAUUAUUGUUUUUGUGUCUUCGUAAAGUUCUCCCCCGCCCCCUUCUCUUUUUUUGAGCUUUCACUAAAGUAUUUCUUUAUUAUUAUUGUUUUGUUUUGUGGCCGUGCUCAUGCAUCUGUUAUAAUUUUAGAGUAUCGUUGACUAUUUACCGUUUCGUUUGAUCUCAGUUUUAUAAUUCUAGUUUUCGUGAAGAUAUAUUUUUGCCUGUCGAAUGUACUUGAUUUAAUCAUCUUUUAAUUUGAUUCUUCAUCACGUAAAGCCACUUGAUACUGUAAUUUCAGUGGUAUGACGUAUAUCCGAAGAGGCACGAAAUAUAUACUGGAAUAAAUAUAUAUACUAGCUUAGAUCUAAAUAUAUUUUUACGCCUGACGCGAGCCCGUUUCAUAUAUCCCUCACGAAACUAUCAUCGCUGGAAGUGUUUCACGUAAGGUUUUCACCUUUUGUAAGUAGCGUCAUUAUUCCAGCGCUGAAACCUUCCUGGAAACACUGACUGGAUCCAGGCAACCACACUAUUUCGUCUCGCAGUGCAAUAACUGAUUAAAAUAGACUCUUAUUUCUUUUGGCAUUCUUUAGUAUAGCCAUCUCAACAAGCCCCAUACCUACAGUACUGUAUACCUACAUAAUAUAGGCAUCAUAUUUUGUAGUUCUGCCAUUUUAGUCUAUAUUAUAUAUAUAUAAAUAAAUGCAUCUCUAGCGUAUUCUACGUAUAUAUCUAAACGUAAUCGACAUCAGUAUCACACACUAUAUAUAUUUUUUCGGUUCGUAUUUUCGAUUUUUGAAAAAAGGUGCAAAAUAGAAGCGCCUAUUCGUUUUGAUGUACAAUAGCACAGUAAUCCCAUUUUGCCCUUGAUCUAUUUAUAUUAUUAUACAUAAUACGCAGUAUAUCUAAGGUAAUCAAUAAGCACGGCAGAUUCACCACUUUUCGUAGAGAGUAAUUUUAUAUCUUCGUGUAGAUUCGCAUUUUAGUGAAUAUCGAUAAGUGGAACGUUUAGAGAAUACCUGUCGUCAACGAGAUCCGGACCUGACUGAAGCCAGAAGAUUGUGUACCUGUUCGGUUCCCGUACGUUUCUCCUCGUUCAAACGUUUCUCCCGGUGACUGCAGCCGGGAAUAAACAAACGUUUUGCCCGUAAACGUUUUUCGUUCCGUUUGAAUUUUAAAUUGUUAUUUUACAUGAGCGCAGUGCGAUUUGCAUGAGUGAUAGAUAUUGAGAAAAUAAUCACAGUAAGCCUCGGAAAAUAAUAUUAUUUUUAUAGUUUUAUGACAUACUCUAUUUAAUUUUGUAUCAGAUUUCUGGAACUUCGUUACGUUCUUCAUUAUCAUUUCGUUUCAUUUUUUCCUCUUUUCGUCUCCUUCCUUUAUCUCUACCCAUAGGUGUUGGCCCCUCCCUCCCCCCCGUUUCUCAGCUGUCAGUGUUUAGUGGGCAUUUGUACCCGAGUUCGGAUUGACCGUGACGGUGUGGUGGUCCGGGUGGGGUGCUGCGGGCAGUGGCCACGGGUGGGCGGGCAGCGGUGUGGGCGGCAACAGCAGCGUGAGGCCCCCACAGCAGCAGCAGCAACAGCAGCAGCAGCAGCAGCCUCACCUUACUCCUACAGCAGCAGCAGCAGCCCUCCACCACCAACACCAGCAGCAACUGCACGGGUGGUACACCACCCCUCCUCCUCCUCCUCCUCACCACCACCCCCCGUGUCGCCUACUCCCACCCUUCACCACCACCAUGGCCGCUCCAUGUAAGUAUGGAGCGGCCCGUCAAGCCCCGCCCCGAUACGCGCCCACACCUACGCCCCUCACGCCCACACCUACUACGCCCAUUGACUGCGAAAAGAUCCGUUUGCCCGAAAACCUGGAGAGUAUCCCGCGUGCUGACCACUUUCCAACACAGCGCCACCGAUGGAACACAAACGAGGAAAUUGCCUCGUUGCUCAUUAGCUUCGACCGUCACUCUGACUGGCUGUCCAAAGAGGUGAAAAUAAGACCCAAGAGUGGUUCCAUGCUGCUGUAUUCCAGGAAGAAGGUGCGUUACCGGAGGGAUGGAUACUGCUGGAAGAAGAGGAAAGACGGGAAAACUACCCGAGAGGAUCACAUGAAACUCAAAGUACAGGGCAUUGAGUGUAUUUAUGGCUGUUACGUACAUUCUGCCAUCCUGCCCACCUUUCACCGCCGUUGCUACUGGCUUCUUCAGAAUCCAGAUAUCGUGUUGGUGCACUACUUGAACGUGCCCUACCCAGAUGACAACAAACUCGUAAUGGCCUCCAGUAUCUCCUUGUGGGCGGACAAGAAAGAGUGGACCAAAGAGGAGCUCAUUAGCCAGCUCAAACCUAUGUUCUUCAGCGAGGAUGAACCGGACCUCAACAACGAACUCGAGAUCUCGCCUUCGUGUGGAGGUCGGGUGUACAGCCAGAUCAGCAAGACUGCAGAGACAGUGGAAGCUAUCGUUGCGCAACUCAUGGAAAAGCAGCGUGUUGCAAGGGCAGCAGCAGCCGCAGCAGCCGUUGCCAAUAAAGGUGGUGUUGAAUGUGGAUGUGGAGCAGGUGUUGGUGGCGAGCACAACAAACAGUGCACGUUACAUCCGCUACGACGUCUCGGUGUGGCCAAACUACCCCACCAUCACCAUCACCACCAUCAUCACCAUCACCAUGAUUCAGCUAACACAGUUACGUCUUCACGGCAGGCACUUGUAGCCAUGCCAACACCAUCAGAUUCUGAUACAAAUAACCAGGUGUCGUCAACGAGUGGGCCAGGUGGGUGCGUCACCCCCCAGUACCAGGGCGUAACUCAGGAGGGGGCCUGCCCACCAGAGCCCCCACCCUCCACCAGCAAUACAUCUAAUAACAACAACAAUAAUAAUAACAACAACAACAAUAACAAUAAUAAUAACAACAACAACACCAAUAGCAACAAUACAACGCCCAACAGCAAUACAAAUCUGAACACCACUACAGCCCCGCUAAUCCUGAACCUGUCCAACAUCCAGGGCGGGGGUGGGCUGCUCAUCCUCAACAGUGGUGGUGGGGGUGGGCACCACCCUGCUGCACAUCCCCCUCUGGCCGGCCCCCUCACGCUCACAUCGUAUUUGGGGCAGCCUCAUCCAAUAUCUACAGCUGCCUCUAUCGUCCAUGGACCACCACUCGUCCCACACUCCACCCAUGUAGCGCAUCUCCACCACGCACCACAUCACCAUCAUCCACAUCAUCACCAUCAUUUACAACACCAUCCAGCGCAGCAGCAUGGACCACAACAGGGUCAUGGCCCACAGCAAGGUGGUCAACAACCACAACAUAAUGCCAAUCUCUUGGUGAAACGUGAGGGUGACAAGGGGGACGUGAUGGAAAGUCUCAAGCUAGAUGCAACAAAUGGGAACCUUGCACUGGAUUCAGGGACCUUUGCUAAUUUGGUGUCCAGCUUGGAAGCAGGUGAGGCAAGAACAACUCAACAGCACCAACAGCAGCAACAGCAACAGCAGCAGCAACAGCAACAACAGCAACAGCAGCAGCAGUCCUCAAAGGAUACCUUUCUAGGUAUAAAAGCAGAGCUUUCUGAACUUACUGCAGAAAAAACAGAGCUUUUUUCAGAUACAUUAGAUUUGUCUCCUGAUGACAUUCAGAAGACUCUCUCAGCAAACCUUCCAGCAGGCUCAUGUAGCCGUAAGGCACCUUCCUCAUCUGAUGUCAAUCCUAUGGACUUCAUUGAUAAUGAUAUGACAUCUCCAGAGGAUGAUGUGCUUGCCAAUUUGGAUGCUUUUGAUAUGUUGAGUGACUUCCCUGAUUUGGAUCACUAUGAUACAUCACCUCCAGACAACCUGAACAGCAACAACAGCAAUAGCAGUAGCAGCACAAACAACAGUGGCAAGAGUGUUACCAAUCAGAGCCAGCAAACCACAAGGAUGGAUUAUAGGGAGAACACUGCAAAUAUAACAGACUAUUCUCCUGAGUGGGCAUACCCUGAGGGUGGAGUGAAGGUGCUAGUAACUGGACCAUGGUAUAGCAGUUCCUCUCCUUACACAGUACUCUUUGAUGGUGUUCCCACAGCUACUACUCUUGUUCAGUCUGGUGUCUUACGCUGUUAUUGUCCAGCACAUGAAGUUGGUUUAGUAACUCUUCAGGUUGCCUGCGAAGGAUUCGUCAUCUCCAAUUCUGUGAUAUUUGAGUACAAACAGCCUCCAUCCGAUGAAAAUAAAGUGAAGGAGGAGCAGGUUGUACGGGAGCAAGAUGAGCACCUUCUCAAGUUCACACUCCUCCAGCGGUUAGAAACGAUGGAAACAAGGGUCCAAGUUUGCCCCGACAGCCAGAAAAGCCCAUCCAAUUACGAGAGUGAUGUCAUGAUGCACAAAGCCCAUAACUUUGAGGAGCGAGUUGUAGUUUACUGCCAAAGGAUGAUUGGAAAACAGUGGCUUGGUAUGGAUCAUGGGUUUGCAGCUGAAUUACCAGAGCUCCAUGGCUUAACUCUUUUGCACUUAGCAGCCAUGCUUGGAUACUCUAGGUUAAUUGUAUCAUUGUUACGUUGGCGUGAUGAGAACCCUUCACUAGUACUUGAAAGUGAAGUGGAUGCUCUGCGGCAGGAUUCUCGUGGCUGCACACCUUUGAGCUGGGCUUGUUCUAGAGGGCAUAGGGACACAGCCCUGCUUUUGUAUCGCUGGAACUCUCAAGCUGUGUUGUCUCAAAACCAGCUUGGACAGACACCCUUGCAAUGUGCUAAGUUGAACGGUCAUCAUAAACUGGCAGAAGAGUUGCACCUCUUAGAAAGACAAAGAACCCAAACUGGCAGUAUUGAGGGCCUUCACCUAUCUCUAUCUGCAUCUUCUUCUAGCACACAGCUCUCUACUUCCACAUCUACAGCCUCUUCAACUUCCACUACACCUGGAGCUACACCCGCUUUUACAUUAUCUGGGACAGCUCACCAAUCACCUGAUGUGUUCCUCCGGCCUUCACCACGCAGGUGUGACUUUAAGAAGCAACGACACCUGAGUGUUGAUUUACCUCUGAGCAGUGAAGAUCAGUGUCGUCCAGUCGGAUGUCCAUCACCAGUGUCCUCUUGGAGUGACACAUCAGCCCGAAGAGGAAGACUAAUUAAAAGGCCAUCAGUAGACUCUGGAAUAAAUCUAGCAAAUGUAGACACCUUCAAAAGAGCAAGUUUAGACUCUGGCCUUGAUGUCCUGCAAAAGUACUCGAGGGGUGAAGGUGCCAGUCCACAAGUUUCAGCACCUUCCCUCACAUUGGACAGUGCUGGAGAUGAUGUAUUGGACUCUCCAAUGCCUUUCCAGUUUAAUCCAGGUGCAAGCAGUCAGCUCCAGACUGAAGCGGACGAAGAAGAUCAUUCAUCUCUCAGAGGAGUGGACAGUAGCUAUGCAAGCCGUCGAGAAUCCCUUAGUUCAGAGAUGGCAGGGCUUGCCACUCCUGAUGAUAGUCGUGUCCUCACUCUAGCUGAACAGAUUAUUGCAGCUCUUCCUGAAAGAAUAAAGACUGAUGGAGAAGAACUGAUGCAGCUUGAGCCUAGUCCUGCAGUUCCAGAGCCUCCAUCAUCAGAUUUAGAUAUGGAAGUGAUACUGGAUGAACCACCUGACACUACAUCAGAAUUUAAUUUUGAGUUUUCAGAUAUAUCAUCAUAUAGGUAUAUAGAUGUGGGAACUCCUAGUUCUUCAAUGAGUCCUGCAUCAUCUAGUUGUUUGCCAUCACCUGCUUCAUUUACGCUAGAAAGUCCAUCACCACCACCAACUACUGCUGAUUUUUCCGAGUUUUUCCAAGCGUCGACGAAAGACUUCUCCAGGGAUUUUUCAAAUCUUACUCUGUCAGAUCGAGAGCAGCGAGAAUUAUAUGAAGCAGCCAAAACUAUACAAAAAGCCUAUAGAUUAUAUAAAGGGCGCAAGAGAUUACAAGAACAAGACAAAGAAAGACAAGCUGCCAUUGUAAUCCAGAAUUAUUACAGACGCUACAAACAGUAUGUUUACUUUAGGCAAAUGAGCAGAGCAGCAACAUUAAUUCAGAACCAGUUUAGAUCUUAUUGUGAACAUAAGCGUUUUAAGAAGAGUUUAGAAGGUGGUGAACAUCCAGGUGUCAAGUUUUCCUUAAGAGGAUCAAGAGAAAGCACUCCAAUUCCAACCUUAAAGAGAACUUAUUCACAGAGGAGGCAGCACCAGGCUGCUCGUAAAAUUCAACAAUUUAUGCGCCAGACCAAACAAAACAGCAUAUGGGAGCUACUAACGGAUAAAACGAUUACAGAGAGAACGAGCGCAGGCGGCAGAAAGAGAGAAAGUGGGGCAAACGGCGGGCCAGGGGUGCCAGGGACCAGCAGCGGGGGGAGCAGCAGCAGUGGGGGGAGCCGCAGUUCAGCAACCCCUCCCUCCCCCGCCCCUUCUCCAUCAGCUCCCUCCAGCACGGGCGGGCCCCUCAUCGGAGCACUCCCACCGAGACACCGACCCUUUACUCUCGAGCACAGCCCAUGCACCUGACCAAACUGACCAUCAGGACUGUCAUUGAAGCCAUUGGAAAGGAGAAUUGCCAAGUAUCCACGGAAAAAGGCAAGCUGAAUCUUAAACGUCGAUGGUCAAGUGUUUCAUGUGGACAGGGCCUGACUAAUGUAUCAAGGCUGAG